GUUGGGUGGUGGAGGGCUAAUUAUGGCAUGAAAUUACCAUGUGGGCGAACCCACAUUUUGUGACUUUGUUGCCAUCCACGCGUGGCUGGAGAAUUCAGGCAGAGAGCAAAGAACACCACCUUGGUGAGUGAGAAAUGUCUUGCUACUCCACUUAGACUGCUGAGCAAAGCUGUUACUUUAGUUCCAAUCUCCGUCCACUGUCGGGGGCAUUGAACAAAAGAAGCUUCCUCCCAGGAAGUCCAAGAGCUGAGCGCCCCACCCGGGGCUGCUUCCUGCCAUUGAGACGUCCAGCACACGGUUUCGCCACACUGCCAGCAGCUGCAGUCAUCUACAAAGGGACAUCUCAGAGGCAUGCGGGAUACCAAAUGCUUCCACGGGAAUAUUUUGUGUGAAGACAGCGUAGUGCAGUUGGUAGUGAUAACAUGAUUGGGUACAUUUUGGAUGUAUUUGUAGUGCAAUUAUAGGUACAUUGGCAAUGGCAGUGAAAUGGAAUCUUCAAAAAUGAGCAGUGUCCAAUUUACGCUGCUCACUUUGUACACUUAACUAAAUGGGAAUUUGAUUAUGUUUAUCAACGAAUAAAAUAGACGCACCACAUUUUGAGAACAACGAUUUUUGCAACCACAUCCAUGUAACUAUCGGAUAUCUUAAAUCGAUAUAUUAUUAAUGUAUUAUUCUCGUCUCUGAUUUCAACAUAUCUUUACUAUGACCACCAAAUUGUUUGCACCCAGGGACUCAUGGCAACUGGCAGCAGCAGCAGCGGCGCUGGCAGGAGCAGUCCAAGCCAGCUCCGCCGCCUGCUGCAGGUGAGCGAGGCGAGUGCCAAACGCAUGCAGGCGGUGGCUGAUCUUCUGCUGUUGGCCUCCGAGAUCCGGCCCGUGCUGUCAGGCCCGGCCGAGGGCCCUGGUGCCGAGGCCGCCGAGCCGCACGCGGAGCAGCUCGCGUACGAACGCUGCAGGGAGUCCAUCGCACUGUGCGCCAAGAACCUGGAGAUCCUCAUCUUCGAUGUGCAGACGCAUCUCUACAUGGGUCGCUACGCCCAGGUGUGUGACAGCUUAGCCAGCACGGCUGAGCUGGUGGUGGCCUUGACCGAGCGCGCUGCGCACGCCGGCUACCUGGCUGCCACGGGCACCGCUGGCUCUCAGCCAGCGGGGCCUGGUGCCCUGGACCGCUACGGCCUGUGCCGGGCCCACUUGGAGCUGGAGCGAAGCUGGACGAGGCUCCGAGACACCCCCGUAUGCGAGCUCAACUCGCGCGAGCUCAUGGACGUCUCCACCAGCAUUUCCAGGAACCUCAGGAUGCUCUCGGAGCCCUGCCUGGCUGCCAGCGAGCAAGUGGAUGAGCCUUUUGUCAGAGAGCAGCUCCGACUGGGAAUUAAGUGCGUGACGUCAAGCGCCACGGCCCUCAUUGCCUGCAUCAGGGCUUUCAAGGAGCAGCCGGGCGAGCUGAGCCACCGGCGCUGCGUGCUCUUCGGCGCCCCUCUCCUCGAGUCCGUGCAGGCGCUGCUGGGGCUCUGCGCCGAGCCAGUCCUGCAGGGCUCUGGGGCGGUGCUGAGUCCUCAGGGCCGUGCCAUUCACACGUCGGUGCUGGCUGGGGCCAUGAGCGUUGUGGCCGCCUGCGUGCUGCUGUGCCGGGGAGUGCGAGGAGUGGCCCAGCAGCCCGACGGCCGGCGGCUGCCAGAGCUGCGGCACAAGCUGCAAGGCGCGGCGUGCGCGGCUUCCCACGGCUGCACGCUGCUCUUGCACGCACUGCGAGAUGCCUUGCAGCCCACAAGUAUGGACGCAAAUGGGAUCAACCUUCUGUGAAGUCAGUGGUUGGAGUAGCUCCCAACGGAAACCAAUGACGCUGCUUUUUUCGUCACGUUAAACUACAACGCAGGAAUUUGUAGAGCCACAUGGUAUCAUCGCCAAUGCCUCUGUAGAUUUCUCUGUUAAGUAAGCACUCUUACUCUUGUAGAUUUUGGGACGCCUCUCAUAGAAAAGUAUCAAAAUGAAGAAUAACAAAUACUUAAUGGGUGUAGGAUGCAUUCAGAGGAUGAUACACAGGAGGAGUAGAGAUGCCACAGAUUCAUGUCCUAACAUAUAGUUUGAGCAUUUUGUGGUAGUUGAACCCUACAUUUAUACAUCAAAUAUACUAAUGGCGUAAAUGUCACAGUGUAAAGGUUUUGACCAAACACAACCUCCUUGGAUAGAGAUUGUUCUUGGCACGGCCACUGGUAAGCCAGAAAACAGGCCGAGAGGAUUUGGCCGAGACGAUUUGUAGGAUGCUGGAGCAUGGGAAGAAGCCAUGCACGCAGAUAACAUCACACAACUCAAAUCACAGAUACCCAAGCAGCAGUGACGACAAAACCAAAACACGACUCUACAUGUCAGGUUACACGGGCACUUGGCUACGACCAACCACACAUCAGCCCACACCUAUUGUAUGAGGUGGCCAGAAUAGAGCAAGUGGAUCUGUACUCUUGUCUGUAUGAAUGAUGACUUUUCCCCUUGCAUGUGGAGCGACGCAGAUUGGAGACGGUGAUACUUGGAGGCACUUCUUUAUUAACUAAGCACCAUCGGGAUAUAUACACACUCUACGUGGGUGUACACUAUUAUAAUUAAGACCGUCUCUUGUCGGCGGCACUACUUAUUUAGAACAGUUGGUAGGCUAAAUUUUGAUUUAAAGCUUUCGUGACUGCAGGGAUUCAUAUUCUUGGUUCUUUCGGUAAAGUCACGUAGAAGGGAAACAAUAAAAGAACCAAGAAUAUAUAGUUGGUAGGCUGUCUGACUAACAGCGCCCUGGGAUGGUGAAGAUGGUGACGACGACGAGAUGGUGACGACGAUGAUCUUGAAAAGCACGACGGGGAUUCCACUUCCAGCAACAGCCCCGAGCUCCGGCUCAGGGCCCCCUCUUAUACUCCCAGCGUGGCCUCGCUCCGCCCCGGCCACACCCCCUUUCUGGAACCUCCUAGCCGGUUCCCGGGGCUUCCCGAUGGGCCCCUUCUGUGACCUUUCCCCUAGAUCAGGGGUGGGUAAAUUUUUUGACUCGCGGGCCACAAUGGGUUCUAAAAUUUGACAGAGGGGCCGGGCCAGGAACAGAUGGAUGGAGU